CAGAGCGCACCCAGCCGGCGCCGCGCAGCACUGGGAGCCUGCUCGCCCUGCAGCCCAGCCAGCUUGCUCCGCACCAGCCUGCUGGUCUGCCCGCCGACCCGCGCGCCCUCGCUGCCGCCCGUCUGCGCCCCUAGACCCCAGCGGCACCAUGCAUCUCUCCCAGCUGCUGGCCUGCGCCCUGCUGCUCACACUGCUCUCACUCCGGCCCUCCGAAGCCAAGCCCGGAGCGCCGCCGAAGGUCCCGCGAACCCCGCCGGGAGAGGAGCUGGCCGAGCCGCAGGCUGCGGGCGGCGGUCAGAAGAAGGGCGACAAGGCUCCCGGGGGCGGGGGCGCCAACCUCAAGGGCGACCGAUCGCGACUGCUCCGGGACCUGCGCGUGGACACCAAGUCGCGGGCAGCGUGGGCCCGCCUUCUGCACGAGCACCCCAACGCGCGCAAAUACAAAGGAGCCAACAAGAAGGGCUUGUCCAAGGGCUGCUUCGGCCUCAAGCUGGACCGAAUCGGCUCCAUGAGCGGCCUGGGAUGUUAGUGCGGCGCCCCCUGGCGGCGGAUUGGGAACUGGCUCCGUUGUGCUGAGGUCACCUUUGGUCAACAGCUCCAACAUCUGGAAACACCUCC